AGUCUACCUCUGCUUUUCAUUGGUUCACUCAUCAUCAUCAGCACCAGGGAAGCUGAACAGCGCCAGAGGACGCAUUGCUUUCGGAGAAAAGAGGAGACAAGACAGAAUCCCUAAUGAAUCCGUAAUGUGUCUGAGUUCAUCAAGCCAUGCGGCGACAAUUCGAUACAUUGAUUGUCUGAUUGGAUAGAACUGUGGUAGGCUAUAGAAUUUCUCUUUUCUUAAACAAUUGUUUUUCACACCCGCUGAUUUAUCGAGGCGAGAGGCUGUUGUUCAGCCAAUUCUGCAGAGAGGAAGCAAGCGUUAAAUGAAAAAUGCGGGAAUUCUCCGCUUUGGCCUUGUUUUUAUCCAUCGUUUUACUGUCAUAGUGAGGAAUGCUGGGUGGUGUAGAUUGUCAAUGUCAUCGCUCCGAUCAAGUGCACCUUGUGAGCCGCCAGCGCCGCAUCAACAAGCAUCACGACCACCACCCAACGGGGACAUCGACACGACGCCUCUGAGUCCGCCGCUCUCCUCCGGCUUGUGACAUGACAGCCCGGGGAAGAAAGAAGAGGAUCAAGCGGCACAGACCUGCAAGCGGACGUGUGGAUUUGAAUACAAAGGCCGCGGGUAACAAUCAUUUUGAGGGGCUGGAGCCCACGGAAGCCCGGACUGCAAGAGAGGGCAGUGCCACACAGACACCGACAGGCUACACCUGCGAUACGAGACAUAGAGAGGAUCCCAUAUCACCAACUGCUGUUAUUUCAUCUGUUCCCCUAUCCCAAGAUCAGGCCACCUAUCUGUUUCGUCUUCGUGCGUAAAUGUGGAUGGAACUGAUUGCGUUUUUGGAUGCAUAAAAUGCAUUGACUAAUGUGCCAUUUUAACUAUAGCGUCUGGAAGUCGAUGGGACGUGACAGAGAUUGAUGACACAUUUAUCCCAAGUCCACAGUGUUAUCAUCCCGUCAAGUCCCCCUGGCUAGAACCCUAACCUCAUCAUGGGCUGCAUACAGAGCAUCACCUGUAAGUCGCGCAUCAAACGUGAAAACAUAGUGGUCUACGACGUUUCCGCCACUAUCGACCACUGCCCAACAAUCAUUGAGGAGAACUCGCCUAUAGUGUUGCGCUACAAGACGCCCUAUUUCAAGGCCUCUGCACGGAUAGUUAUGCCCCCUAUUCCCCGUAAUGAGACUUGGGUGGUGGGUUGGAUCCAGGCAUGCACACAGAUGGAAUUCUACAACACCUACAACGACAUCGGCAUGUCUAGCUGGGAGCUACCAGAGCUGUGUGAGGGUCUUGUGAGGGCCAUCAGUGACUCAGAUGGGGUGAGCUACCCCUGGUACGGCAACACCACCGAGACGGUCACCCUGGCGGGGCCCACCUCCAAGCCCUCUCGCUUUACCGUCAGCAUGAACGAUAACUUCUACCCCAGUGUGACCUGGGCAGUGCCCAUCAGCGACAGCAACCUUCCCCUGCUCACUCGCAUCAAAAGGGACCAGAGCUUCACCACAUGGCUGGUGGCCCUCAACACGGCCACGCGGGAGAAGAUCCUGCUGCAGACGGUCAAGUGGCGCAUGCGGGUGGACAUCCUGGUGGACCCCUCCAUGCCCCUGGGCUCCAGAGCCACCCUGAUGGGCCGGACGCACCAGGACCAGCCUCGAGUCCUAACCCGCAUGGAGCCUAUCCCCCCCAACGCCCUGGGGAGGCCCAACGCCAACGACGCCCAGGUGCUGAUGUGGAGGCCCAGGAAGGGCCCGCCUCUGGUGGUCAUCCCUCCUAAGUAGAGAAGGAAGGAGAGAGGGAGGGGAGGUGGAACUAUGGGUCCGGACAUCCAGCCAUGAUGAGAUCAAUAUGGACAACUGCCUUAAAUCUCCACCACUGCCUUUGAGUAGAGAGGGAGAAGACCAUUGCUUGGAUCGAGUAUAAAUACAGGACAGACCCACAGAUGGACCUCUGCCUUAAUAAAGUCAUUUGGCCUGGAGAAGCAGGGAGGACUUGUGGGUGUGCCAGGCCCAGCGGGCUUCAGAGUAGGCUACACUCCAGGGGAGCAGCCUGUAACCUAUUGCACACCAUGCUGCCUCACCGAGAUGACAGAGCAGCCAUCUUUAAUCAUAGAUUGCUCUGGGUCUAUGACAGUGAUGUAGAGGGCUGUGUCUCAAAUGGCACCCCAUUACUCUUUGGCUCUGGUUAAAGGUAAUGCAGUAUGUGGAGAAUGCGUUGCCAUGUGAGACUAGCCCAAGGUGUGAGAGGCACAAGAGUACAUGUAUGUGGCUUUAUGGGUAUAAUACAGGUGAGAUUGAGGUGUAUAAUGUAUUUUAUAUGUAAGAACAAAGAUUGUGGUACAUUUAAAGUCAGCCUUCAUGCUCAGUACAGUUACAGAAAGGGAUGGAUGUGUUACUGCGAGAGGGGAAAGACAGGGUCUCUAGAGCAAUCUACAGCAGGCCCAAUGAGAACAGCAGUGUAGGCCAGGCCAGGUAGUAGAGGAGUUUCAUUACAAACGCUAUAUAUUCAUUUUCAGAAAUGUUGGUAAAUUAGCUUUUAUUGUUUAAAGAAAUAAUGAAAGAGAUUUAUGUGUUUUUUCA